GCGUAUUCCACAAUCGACACGCGAUGGCUUUCAUAUUCAUAGGCUGCUUCAGCUAGGAUGGUUGAGCCUGCUGGUAGUCAUGAUUCUUCCGAUCCAGACGUCGCAUUACUACAGACAGCAUGGACAAGUCGCCUCUCCUGCAGCUCUCGUACGCAGAGCCUCGUCAGCGACAACCGUGGCGACGGGCAUGGCCAUUGCUGCUAUCAUUCUGGGCAUGGGUAUCAUCCUCAUGCUGGCGGUGGCAUGCUACUUUUACCACAGGCGAAUUACACAGCUCAUGCAAGCAUCAUCACAUAAGCCCAGCACAUCGAGGAAGCUCCACCGUGAGCCUUUACUAAAACGCGUGCGCCAGCUGCUCAACCGAAAGAGAGAACAUGAAGGGGGCGGCGAAACACAAGUCGUCAGUACAGGAGUGGAAUGCCAACAGCAGCCGCCGAUACAGUCUCACGAACCUCACCCUGCACAAGUCCCACCUCUGAACAUUGUCAAAGCACCACGACCGCCUCGAUGCCACUGUGGCGCAAGCCUUCAGCACGUCGGCACCUAUGGCCAGCCCAGACCGACGAUCACUGAGCACACUUGGCAAAGUCCUUCUCCAAGACACGAUGCAAGCACCCGAUCCCGAGCGAUUCACCGCGGCCACAGCAUCACCUGCCUCGCUCAACUGGACGGUGACGCCAGAAACGCCCUAGACAGUGGCAGGACGACAGGGAAACGGCAGGACGACGAUGAGGGGGAAUGUUGCGUGCACAUUGCGGUAAAAGGGUCAGCUCGGUAAACAACAAUGAAGCGAAUUUGCAAUACGCCAGGAGGAUAAGCGCAAAUGCAUUCGCUUAACGUUCACUCAUGCUGCUGACGCUUGCCGUUGGACCUGUCAUCGGCUUCCCAGACGCUUGCGCCACGGUCAGCCUGAUUCCUGCCAGGGACCAAGAAGGCUCACCAGCUGCAGCUUUCGCGAGCAAGGUCCCAGACGACUUG